AUGGCACUACGAACAGAUGGCGAAGUUCUUAGUUUGCAAAAUGGGACAAAUUUUGAGUCAGAUGGGAGUGUGCUGCCUGGCAAGCGCUUGCAACAUAUCAAAGAACUUAUAGACUCUGUCAAAGUCCUCUCGGCUGAGGACAGCUUUAAACAUGCCGACAGCAUGUUUGACGAAAUGGCGCACCUGAAACGAACAGUUGAGGUGAAUCAGGAUCAAGUUGGCGGACUUGAAAGCCAAUUGCAACAAUUAAAGACCAACUCCAGAAUCGCACAGCAAGAAUUUCUCGCAACACAUCGGGAAACUGUGCGGAGUAUUGUGGAAGAAAAGUCUGAACUUCAGGUCAAACUCGAUCGAGCCCAAAAUGAGUUGGAGUCUCAAGAAAUGAUCCAUAAGAAACAACUUGAGACCCAGCAAGGGUUACAAUACCAAAAUACCACGCUCACAAAAGAAAGUCAAAGCCUGCGGGGAUCGGUCUUGCAAAUAGAGGACGAGGUCAAAGAUCUUAAAGGCAAGUCUGUUGCAAAAGAUAAUACAAUCACACAGCUUCAGCAGAAACUUGAGCGGAAAGAACGUGAUAUGUUAAACAUUGAAGGUAAUAUGAGAGCUCUAGCACGGGAAAAGGACGACUUGAGGAAUCAGUUUGAGGCCUCUGACGGAAAGCUCAAGAUGUUGAUGGACUUUAGUUACCCACUUUCUAGCGAUUCCCGCGACGAUGUUCGAAACUUGAUCAGGGGAAUUUGGCAAUCUUGCUUGGACAUUGUGAAAAGGAACAUAGGAAAGGAUCUCCCUGUUCCAGAGAAAGAAGAGGACCUCAGAGCGUGGACAACAUUAAAGCAUGUGCGAGAGGCGACACAUGCGACUCCAAUACCAAGCUCCAAUACCCAUGCCGCAAAGCAAAUGCGUACCUUCUUGAUUAUUGAACAAGAGGAUGAGCUCAGGGACGCAUUGUUCGAGAUAACGGAUAACCCCAAGAAAGCAUUUCUACGCGGUAUGAUUAUGUCCCUAUUCGAGACAAGGCAGAGGGAGAUUUCGACGAAGAGGGUUUCUAAGGUGGUUCGGGAAGUACUCAGCCCAGUCGAGGACCUUCUCGGGCUCAACGCCGCUCAAAGGUUUGGGCAGGAGCUGAAAUUGAAGGUGAUAGCGGCUAAAGAUGUUUGGUGGCACCUACAGCGGCAGCAAAGUUAUUUCGAAGCCGACAAUGACACCGAAACAGAGAGUUGGGAACGGCAGUCUAUCCAAGUCUCCACUGAUGACGACCAGACGCGCUCGCAGGCUGUGAAUGUGGAGGCCUUCGACACGGACGAAGCUGUCCUAAAAUUGUUCCCAAGAAUCUUCAUCGUGGACGGCUCAAGGGAUACUCCCAUUUUUCCUGGCGUAGUGCUUCAAAAAUCGCAGACGGCAAGCGCUGAGCAAGAAAUAUGUAAAGCGGCUGCAUCUAGUCCAACCGAAGGGAAACAAGGACCGGCUUAUCGCUUGUCAAGAGCAAGAAGAACGACUGCAAGUAAUCCUGGAAAGCCCAGCAGAGAUGAAGAGAAGGGCUCUUUUUUAGGCUCAAGGGGCUGA